AUGGUGAAGAGGGUAGGACCUGCUCCUACGACUCCAAAACCCAAUCGCCCUCCAUCAUCGACUUCGACGAGGGAUAUUGAUCCAAAAUAUGGCGUGGCGAAGAGGCUAGUGCCUAGUGGUCCAAAUCCUGAUCACCCACCAUCAUCGAUUUCAAUAGGUGAUUUUGACAUGAGAUAUGGGGUGGUGAAGAGGUUGGUUCCUACUGGUCCAAACCCUGACCACCCACCAUCCUCAACUUCAAAUGAUAUUGAUCUGAAACAUGGCUCGGUGAAGAGGCUAGUGCCUAGUGGUCCAAACCCUGACCAUCCACCAUCAACUUCAAGAAAGGAUAUUGAUCUAAGAUAUGGGGUGGUGAAGAGGUCGGUUCCUACUGGUCCAAACCCUGACCACCCACCAUCCUCAACUUCAAAUGAUAUUGAUCUGAAUCAUGGCUCGGUGAAGAGGCUAGUGCCUAGUGGUCCAAACCCUGACCAUCCACCAUCAUCAACUUCAAGAAAGGAUAUUGAUCUAAGAUAUGGGGUGGUGAAGAGGUCGGUUCCUACUGGUCCAAACCCUGACCACCCACCAUCCUCAACUUCAAAUGAUAUUGAUCUGAACCAUGGCGCAAUGAAGAGGCUAGUGCCUAGUGGUCCAAACCAUGACCAUCCACCAUCAUCAACUUCAAGAAAGGAUAUUGAUCUGAGAUAUGGGGUGGUGAAGAGGUCGGUUCCUACUGGUCCAAACCCUGAUCACCCACCAUCUUCAACUUCAAAUGAUAUUGAUCUGAAACAUGGCUCGGUGAAGAGGCUAGUGCCUAGUGGUCCAAACCCUGACCAUCCACCAUCAUCAACUUUAAGAAAGGAUAUUGAUCUAAGAUAUGGGGAGGUGAAGAGGUCGGUUCCUACUGGUCCAAAUCCUGAUCACCCACCAUCCUCAACUUCAAAUGAUAUUGAUCUGAAACAUGGCGCGAUGAAGAGAUUAGUGCCUAGUGGUCCAAACCCUGACCAUCCACCAUCAUCAACUUAA